UUGGUCACAGUAGGUAAACAAUGACUCUAUCUGGAUUAGUCACUCUUGGGAUAUGAAAUAGAGCUUCGGGGAGAGACAGGAGAUCAGUAUCCGACACACAGACACAGAGUAGGAAAGAUGAAGUUACUUUGCUUGUGCUUGCUCCUGGCGCCAACAUGGGCCGCUGACAUGGCAGCAAUCGUAGACCCCAGGGGAGCUCGUCCGAUGGAGCAUGGCUACAAGGCUGACAAGUGUGCGACGGAGAAGGAGUGGCCAUUUUGCACAGACGAUGACUGGGGCAGGAAAUGUCCAUCAGGCUGCCGAAUCCAAGGCCUCCUGGAUAAAACAGACCAUGAGCUGAUGACCAGAAUCGAUAAAAUCCGCAGACUCCUUGGCGACUAUGAUCAGAAGUACCGCAGCACCGACCAGUCAUCCAAGCAGACAUAUGACUACCUUCGUGAUCGUCUCACCACCAGCUCAGGCAAUGACAACAAGUACAUGUCACUGGCUGACUCCCUCAGGCAGAACAUUGUGGAUGUGAAGAUUAAGAUUGAGCGUCAGCUGACCCUCCUAGAGGCCCUCAAGGCUCGUGUCAGAGACCAGGUCAUUGAGAUGCAGAGACUGGAGGUGGACAUCGACAUCAAGCUGCGCGCCUGCAAGGGUUCGUGUUCUGAGUACGCCGAGUUCAACGUAGACAGGGAGAGCUACGUGGCACUGGACAAGCAGAUGGACCAGCUGGAGUCCAUGAGGGUCAACAGCGUGGAAACGGUGUCCUCACUGCGGGUGAUGAAGAGCCGUCCGCUGAAGGACGUGAUCGUGCCGUCCAUCUACAAGUCCGGGCUGACUGGCAAGCCGGAGGAGCAGAAGCAGUACUUCUCUGACGUCGGCCAGACCACGCUGAUGCUGCAGGCCGAGGGGGCCACCGCCGACGCGCCUGCCACCGUCAGCAAGUUCCCAGGUACUUCUUCAUCAUCCUCUUCUUCAUCCUCUUCUUCAUCCUCUUCAUCCUACCCCUCCUCCGAGUCCACAUCUCGGACCACCACCCACACCAUGAAAUGCACCCGCACCGUGCGCAAAGUCACGACGCAAACCAAAGACGGGCCCGUGGAGAAGUAUGAGACGGUUUCCUCUGGCGAAGGUUGCGAGGCUCUGGGAGGAGAUGACCGUUCCAAGACGUCCUUAACUCAGGGAGGCGGUGCCGAGUUCGGUACUGGCGGUGGCGACCUCUUCAAGCAGUUGGGUGUUGGGUUUGGAGAUUCGUCUUCCGCGUUUGGCAGCACAGGCUUCACCAAGACCUUGACUGGCUCCAGAACCAGCGGAUCCACCAAGAGCACCAAAUCUGGCUCGCUCUUUGGUGACGACUUUGGGGCAUUCGGGCGCGGCGAUGUGGACGACGACCUACCCGAUAUAUUCGCCCGGAGCGGGAGGCCAGGAACUCAGUCCGGAGGAGCAAUGGACAAAAUCCCCACAGACUUAGAGUAAUGGCUGACACUGGUUACAGCAUUGCAGAAUUAACGAGUGAACAAAUAUCAUCCAGACAGCCGUUUUAUUUUUGCACAAAAUUUCUGAUGGGGUAUUGAAAACAGUCACAUAAAUGAAAAUAUUGGACUAUGCUUCACGUACCGUCAUACCUACAUGGUCCAGGUUCGUUACCUACCAGAUUUUAAUUGACAAAUGACAAUAUGGAUGUCAGGGGAGUUAAGAUAAUGUAAACAGAAUCUUCAACUACAUUCAUGGACAGGUAAAUUGAAUACAAAUAAGUAUAGCAUAUAGUGUUGAGAAAAAGACCUUCUGAAAAUACUUUUGGAGAGUUGUUACUUCUGUGACUGUUAUCAGUAUUUCACUGUAGGUGGAAACCAUGUGACACUGUGCACCUUAUCAAUAAAGAGGAUGUUGUUCAAUUAA